GCCUAUAGGGGGUAGACCAAUUGACGUAGAGGCAGAUGUUAAUGAAGUCGCCUGCAUUUUUUUGUUGUGAGAAUGGAGAUCAAUGCCUGAGCACGUCGCCAUAUUAUGCGAUACUUUUUUCGACGUCGUAGGUUGGCCAUGGAAGUCAAUGAUGAAUAAUGUGAUGUGUGUGAUUGUUGGAUUCAUUGAUUACCCAUGAGGAGUAUACGUUAGGAUGUUAAAUUUUGACAAGAGCAAGGAAAUAUGUUGAUCAAUUCGGAAAAUAAUGGGUGUAACCCGCAUGCAUAGUCCGAUCGCUUGUUUCACGAACGUGCGUGGAACCUGUCCAGGGGUCACGUGGUGUUGCUUCUCAUUACCGUCCAUGUUAUGAUUCUCAGUUUGCGAAACGUUCCGUUCAAACAUUCGUCAGUGCAACGUUGUUUUCAAUUUGACGUCUAAAACUGAUCCUCUUGUCGGUCACUGAAGACGGAAAACGAUACUCGUAAAUAUUGAUGGAGACCACCUUCCCGGCCUAAGCGCGGGAAAUAGCUAUACGUACGUUGAUCUGGUGUCUGUCACGUGUGGUAAUCGUUCGGCCUGUGCCUGGCCUCUGUUAUUGUUUCCAUUAUCGCCUGCCUCACCUGCGGCUUUUUUUGGAUGGACCGAUGUUUAUGAAGAGAGCGGGUUGAACAAACACAUAUCUCUAUACUAUAGCAUUAUUUGUGUUUUGGUAUUGCAACAUUUGUGCUAUUGUAAACAUAUGUUAAUUGUUAUCCUAGUAUUUAAAAUACAAAACAAUUUUUUAUCUCGUUGGACGGGUCGUCUUCGAAAGCUUUAAUUAGUCAUGUUCUCCAAUCAAUGGCAAGUGUGACGCCGUACAGUGGUGCCGUUCCCACGGUACCCUGUCCGCAUAGCGCUUCGCUUCCCGUCGCAUGUGGUCACAGUUCCCGCUGAGGCUAUGUAUGGCUGCAAUGGCUCCGGCACUGACUGAUGCCGCGGCUCAUACAGGCUCCUUCAAGUUGCCAGCUUCGCCUGCUAACCCGGGAAGCAGUGGUGGCCUGCAAGCAAAUCCAAAUCAGCCAACAAGCCCAGACUUGCCCUCAUUGGCAAAUGGUCAUUCUCCGGCAGUACCCGGUGGUGUAGGCAAGCAUUAUUCUCCAGGUUCGAGUCCCACCACUCUGUUGAGAAACCACGAGCCCACUGUAUCGCCAACUUGUUUCACCAUUCACACCCACUUUCUUGAGAAUAAUAAUCACAAGGGUGGAGAAACACUGACAAUUUCAGAGGGAAAAAAUUAUCAGGAAUUGCAAUCAAACCACUGUAACGGCCCGAUAAAAAACAAGUUAAAUUCAUUAAUUUCCACCAUCGGCUCAGGCCUGGAUCUAAACCUAGAUCUACUCGCGAAUGGUGAAAAACAUUCAAAGAAAAGCAUAUUGAAAACGAUGAACGACUCUGCCGCACCCUUGGCACAGAAAGAGGUAGACCUAGACCUGUUGAACGAUAAUCACCCUUCUACUCCACCAACAUCCAAAAUGCCGCCUCUAACAAUAUCAACUACUGGAAGUCCCAGUCCAACGGGUCCAAAACACUCUGUCGCUACUCACAUUGAAAAUAUCAAUAUACGAGAUAAUGGUGAUAUCGAUGAGCAUGUGGAGCUCGAUACUAGCGAUACGUCAAGCAGUUCUCUAUCGAAUGACAUGGAUAGUUCAUUAAGUCUGUCACACUCUAAUGCACUGACAACAGAUACAAGUCUUGAACAAGCCGUUGAUGACUGUCUUGAUCCGAAGUCAGACAAUGAGAGCGACUCAGAUGAAAGUAGUGUGGAUCUUUCUGCCACUACUGCAGAAAAAUGUAGUGGAGCAAGCAACAUUGUUGAAAAGGAGAAAUUCAAGUCCGUUAAUGUUGUUGAUAAGCUAGAAGUAGGAGGUGACAGGAAACCUAGAUUUAUGAAAGCAGAAGUGAAGCAGGUUGAAAAAUCUGUAUUCAAGGUUGUGAAUGAUAAUGACCAGAUGUCUGAGGGAAAGAAAGAAGCUAUCAUUUUGAUUCAUAAACAGUCGAAACAAGAACAUCGUGCAAAGUAUUUGAUGGAAAAGUUACGGAGAUUACAGACAUGUCACGUUGGAUCUCGGAUAUAUCAACAAAUAGGUUCCUUUGUAGAAUCAAAACAAUCCUGCAAAGAAGCUGCAAAUUCUGCUGGAAGUAGCAACGUUACUUGUGAAGAGUGCCGGAGGAAUCGUCUUCAGACGGGUAGUAGACCUGGCGUUCUUCCUAGAAGUAGUUCAAGUCAUAGCCAUACUUGUCCUCUACAUACAAACUCUUCUUCAGACCGGCAAAGACAUUCGAUAAGACCAUCAUGGUUACCAGCAGGAAAAAGAACUAAGCCAAGUACACAUAUUUCUCAGCACUUGCGAGAAGGGAAACAAGCAUAUCGUGAAGUAAAAUCUGUCACUGGAAGGCUUCGAGCAGGCCUUGGUCAUGUUGAAAGCACCAUAGAUUCAGACGUCACCGAUAGCAGCUCAGGUGGAGAAAGUUGUGAUGAAGGAGAUGACAGCUUACCACAAACCCAGGCAUCCCGUUCAUUUCACAAGAUGCCUCUUCACAGAAGAGCAUCAUGGAAAUGGGCUAUAGAUAGGUCAGCUAUUGCAACCAGAUGGACUUGGCUUCAAGCCCAGGUUUCAGAUCUGGAGUAUCGCAUCAGGCAACAAAGUGACAUUUUCCGUCAGAUUCGGGCUUCAAAGGGAGCUGUAACAUUGGGAGAACCUCCAUCACCAGAAGACUAUCUCCGAGCUCAGGCUUUGGCUCACAGGACAGGUAGAAAGUUGUCACCUCUUGAAACAAAGAUAGUAAUGUUGGAAGGAUCACACUCUAUGUCCCCUUCGAAUCUGUCAAGUUUACUCAGUAAUGUAGACAAACAAAGUGCAAAACUAAAGCAAAGUCUUCAGAACUGCAUUUCACCGACAUCAACACCAUCAUGUUCAGAGAAAACAUCACCAGCUAGACCUAUGAAUGGCCUAACGGACAGUGCAACAACAGUUGCAACACCUUCUCGAUGUGGUAUGAACGGUUCUCCCAGCUACCCUGGGAUUGUAGGACUAGACCAAGUUGUAGGUUCUCCAAUUCCUGUAGAAGAACAGUACUGUGCAAGGACCAGACCUGUGAGAUCAUUCCGAAAACGAAAACUCAUCCGAUCUACAGGUCUAUAUCAAGUAUGUAGCAAGUCUCAGAAGCUGUCCUCCGUUCAUUGUGGUUGCUUUCCUCCUCGUACCCCUUGUGUGAUGUGUGGCGGUCAGUUUAACAAUCUUGAACAGCAUGAUGCAGACCAAAUUCCAUCAGAUGAGAGGGUGGCCAGCCUCGAGUAUGCAUUCCAUUCUGUGUUGUCUUUCCCUGAAGAAAUUCCAUUGUCACUGCAGUUAGAAUCCCUACUGAAGAGUGGAGCAUGGCAAAGGAAACAUUCAUCCAGAUACCUAGGAAAGAAGAAACAUAACAGGUUGCCAAACAGAUCCCGAGUCAAGUUGCAUACCAAAGAUGGCAGACUCAAGAAGUUCCGUAAGAAAGAGAAACAUCAAAAGCAGUCGGCUGUCAGAUCAAGUGGAGACUCUUCAAGAAAAAGAGAGCCAGUAGUCAAGAAAGAGACGAGGAACAAAAGUGCUUUUGUUGAGAAUAAAGUUGAAAAAGAAUUAGGAUCAGCAAAUGAGGACGAUGAGGAUGAUGCUGCCAAGUCGAGGAAACUUUUGCAACGAUUGGCAAGACAGAAGUUGAAAGCCCUUCGUCAUGCCAGAAGUGAUAAAAUACUAUCACGUUCCCGAUCCCAGCCAAGUUCUAUUCCUGGUACACCCAAGAAUAUCAUGAAAAGCUCAGACUUAAGACAAUGUCGAACUGAUACCAAGAAUCGGCGCACCUCUGAUUUAGCAAAUGCUGCGUUGGAGAAGAGUAGAGAGAGGAGCUUUUCGCUGCCCAACAUUGAAGUUGGAGACCACAACUCUGCACCAACUACCCCUGCAUCAAAUGAAGCAAGGUCACCUACCCAUCUUUCUCAUUCACUUCCUUCUGCAUCUCUUCAUGGUAUUUUGCGAAACAAAAAGGGGAUGGUGGAAUCUUACGACAUUGACAACAUCGUGAUCCCAUACUCUAUGCUUGCAUCAACAAGGGUGGUUAAGCUUAACUACAAGGAGAUAGAUACACCUAAGUGGAGAGAACUGGAUAUGGAAGAAUUCAUGUCUAACAACUGCCAUGCACAUUUAGAGAAUGAAGGCAAAAGUGAGGAUGAAGAGGAAUUUUUUGAGGAAAACCUUUCAGAUUCUGAGUUUCUUGAACGCCAUGAGUCUUGUGAAUGCCUGGAGAAGCAGAAGUUUAUGGUGAGCUUUGUAGAUCAGGGCAUACCUGGCCGAAGAUCUAGACGUUCGAGGCACAGUAGCAUAGGCAGUGCUCCAGACCCCCUCUCUCCAGAUCUUCAUGCAGACCAGUUAUCAACAGGUAGGCAGUCCUCAACAUCAUCUCCAACACCAAGUCCUUCUCCAAUUACAACUCCUGAUCAACUAUCAAGCAGUACCACCAGCAGUAAUGUCUUCAACCUCAGUGGAAGUCGGUCACUGCGUUUCAGUGCCUUAGACCGUCGCAGAUCAUCAAGUAUGAGUGAAGUGCAAACACCGAAGCAUGUUGAAACCCCUACCCCACCAUCAACUCCUACCCCUAUGAACGCUGACUUGACUUGGGUAAAGAGAGAAUUUCCCUUGAAUAACAUUGAAAUGGAAGAGAUAGCCUCUUAUCCAUAUCCAGAAUCAGAACCCUCCACUCGUCCAAGCUCUCGUGCAAGCAAUGCCACUCACCCAGAGAGUGUGUUAUCAAGGACAGAUUCACAGGAGAUGAAUUUUUACAUGUCAGAUGGAGAUAAUUCAGAAACUGAACCAAUGGAAGUGGAUGAUCCAAAUGAUCCAGAAUGGACAGUUGUUGAAGAUCGGCAUCGGCCAAAAAAGCCAGAAGGCACAACUGUGAGUGAGAGCUUAGUUCUUAAGCUUGCCAAAAGGUGAAAGAGGGUAGACUGAUAAUAAAUGGAUCAAUGGGUUUUGUUAUUAGUUUGAGAAUCAUGGAGGCGAUGAUAUCAUAUUUUGAGCUUUAGAUAUCGAAAUGUGAACGAAAAAAAUAUCUCUUUCCAUAAGAUCUUUUGACCAGGGUUUCAGCAGGUUUAUGUAGUAAAUUUUGAAUUCAGUCAAAGGAAUCAGGUAAAUUGAAACAUGCAUUGUGCAACUGAAAGGAUGACCAGGAAGUAACUUGUAUUUAUUUUGAGAUCCCACUUCAAGGAGAAAGGGCCAAUCUAAUUAAUUUCCAUGUUCAAGUAGAUACUAAAUGAAUAACGGGUAAGCUAAAUCUAGGUUUGAUAAUGGGCAUGAUUUCCCCUGUUCUUAACAAAUUCACACCAUUUAUUGGUGAUCACUUCUAAAGCUUUCAAAGUCAACAUUUUGAAUUUAUGAAAUAUGGAUAACAUGCACAAUUGUAUGUGGUUUACAUGUAUUUGCUAACAUAACAGUUCUUAGGCAGCUCUAGAUUUGCUACACUGCUGCUAUGACAAAUAUUUUCCCGAGUUGAAAUGCUUGUUUCUGCUUUCUGCACUUUGUGAUGUUCAGUUGCCUCAAGCUUUGUAAUUUGGAAAGAUGUAAAAUCACAGUGCGUAUAAAAAAAAAGUUUACACGUUGAAAAAAUCCUGUAAAAUUAUACAUUUGUAAUAUCCUGAACACUUUUCCACAUUUUAACAUUGGUACAGGUCCAUUUAAUCAAUGACGAUAUAACAGUCGAAAAAUAUUUCCGCUUGAGUGAGCACCACCUACUUUUGAAAAGUUAGUGAAAAAUGAUUUGCGCAGAACUUUGAAAUAGUUAUGCGAAUAAAAAUAGACCUUAAUCAUGAAGAACACGUAUAAUUUAGCUAUUAAAAUUGAUUUGAAGAUAUCUUUUACCUUUUUUGACUUGUUUCCUUGCCCAAAACACUUCGAAGAGAGCAUUUCACCCCACCCCUCUCCCCCACACUCCGAGGCCAUCGUGACGAUAUUUGCUUUACACUGAGCUGUGAUUUACAUGGAAUGGCUUAAGCUUGAUUUUCAUUUUGUUAAUCAUUGCCAAGCUUGGGAAAAGUGUGGAGAAACAAGUAUUAAAUGAAAAAUGAAAUGUAAACCCACUUUCAAUGAUAAAAACUGAGUGAAAUAAUGCUGGAGAUGUCUGAUUUAAACUUUUGUUCAGAUUCAGUUAUGUCCUCAGAUCAAGCUGGCACAAAAAGGGUAAAGGUUGUGCUUACUAUGUGCUGAAAUUUCGAUUUGGGUGGCAAAAUUGUUACAAAAUGCUUGAAUGUAUCCGUCUUAUUUCAACUGACUAAAAGUGCAAGAGAAAUGUAUGAGAAAUGUUUCGCAGGGUAAGUUUGAUUUCGCCGUUUCCCCUUAACACAGCGUGAAAACGAGCAUUUCUGCGCAAACAGAUUUCUGCGAGCUUUACAAAAAUGGACAGUGCUCACUCAAAUGUAACAUUCUGACAAAACUUUUACUUUCAUUGGAUAGAUGAGACCCAAACCCAAGAUUAUAUGUGAAAAAAUUACCCACAUGUUGUAUAUUUUUUAAUUCCCAGGCUUUUUCAAAGUGUAAACUUUUUUUUGAUACGCACUGUAUAAUAAGGCAACAACCCAUUUGGAAGGAAGGGGAGGGGUUGUAUAAUCUCCCAAUUCAUUCCCUAAAAUGGGAUGCAUGCUUUUGCUUCCAUAUUUGAAAUUGGAGAGUGAUUAGUAAGUGCUUGACAUGUACCAAUGAUUGGUUCUGUUUAUUGCUCAUGGUUUUGAGAUAGGGAUAAUUUACCAAUCACUAGAUCUUAUAAAUCAUGUCAUACUCAUCAUUUGCUCGGGUAUUGAAACAGUCCAAACUGUUCCAAAUGUAUCUUGUAUGUGUGCUGUGGUUCUUACCAGUACCCUAAUGAUGCCUGCUAAGCAUGUCAAAGUAUUAGCAUGGCAAAUCUAAAGCUUCCUACAUGUGUUAUUACAGCGAUAAGAAGUUGAUGGAGAGAAAUUCAAAAUGCUGUUUUUAUUACAAAGAUUUUUUAAUUCAAUUUAAGAGAUUAAGUUAUCCCCCCCCCCCCUCCCCCCAAUGAAUUUGUAACUACGCUGCUGCACACACAAAAAUUGACCGUGUCACUGAGUUAUUGAGACCAAAUUUCCGAAAUUAUGCAACACUUUGUAAGUGCAAAUCAGACCCAAUAUUGCUCAAAAGCAUGAUGUCUUUUACGAAGUCAAUGCAAAAUAUGUUUUCAAACAGAAAUCAGAAAUGUAUUCCUCAAGCAGUAAAAUGCAUUGGAAAUUUAAUAUAUUUUGACAAUCUUUUUGUAGAUAUAAGUUUAAAAUUGCGGAUGUACUAGCUAUUUAAAGCGAAUUAAAAGCAAAAAUAUUAUUUAAUACACUUUGUCAUUAUCAAGAAGUUUUAACAAUAUUUGAAAUGUUUACUAUAGUCUUGUAGUUUACAUCCAGUUUUUUGCAUGUGCAACUUUUGACGACAAUCGCGCAAUCAGCAGCCUGGUCUGAAAUAGCCCAGUUGAAAUUGUGGGGGGGGGGGGGGCAUAAUGGACCCUGCUUGAUAGUUAUGCAUAAUAUCUGUAACAUCAUAUGUUUGCACUGCAUCUUUUCAGGACAUAUAAGACCAAAUUUCUGUCGCCCAGGUACAGGGAUCCGAAAUGUCUUCUACAGAUUAAUAUGGAUGAAUGCUCAAUAAUUUAUGAAGAAUUAGAUGUUGCCUCUUAUUGUGUGUUUUUAAAGGAAAUUCAAAAUCUUCAUAUUUGUUAUUCACCUCAUUACAUUUCUGCACAUUGUACGUUGAAUUACUAGGUGACAGAGUAGCAGAGUCCCCAUAUUUCCUACAUAAUUUUUAUUGUACUCUUAUUCAAUGAAAUCUAAUGUGACUCAUUUAAAAAGAUAACAUUCUAUAACCAAUAUAUAUGAUUGAAAAUUUGGUUUAGCUGGCAUUAACAAACUUCUUCUGAACAAAAAAUACAAGUAAGUGGGAAAAAAAAUAAAAUCAGAUGCUUUUUUGAACCACAUUUUAAAUAAAAUAUUUCCCUGUUUGUGAUAUUGAUGCAAUAAGUAAUCAACUGCACUUGAGUUACAUUUGUUUACAAGUAUGUAUUAAUUGAUCCAUAUGACCUUCUAAAUAUGUGUAUUAUUUCCAGGAUGUUUUAUGAUGUGUGGAGCUUUUAAGAUGGAUGACAUCCUUUGCUGUUUCAAGAGGUUACCUAAAUGUACUAAAAUUCAAGGUCCAGGAGUUCAGCUGUACACUGUAAUAUUGCACAUGAAAACCAUUUUAAUGAAUUGGAAUGUAUAAAAAUGUGUGCAUAUACAUGUAAUAUCACUCGUACCUGUAGCUGUUGACUUGGCUUUGAAUGUAUUAGCUCUGGAGCUCUUUGUUAUUCAACCAUGAUAUUCAUGCUGUAAAUAUGAUAGACAAAAGACAAAAUUAAAAAGAAAAAUGAGUGUUGUGUGCCUACCUAUUGUAUAUAUAUAAAUAUAUAAAUGUAUCCCAGCAUGCCCUUGCAAGAUGAUGCCUCGGAGGGUAGAUUUUUUUUUCUCUCGGUUUCUUGAAAGUUGUCUAAUUGAAAAAAAAAUACAGGUAGGUUGAUUAGAGGGCUCCAAGAGGAAUUGUUUUGACUAAAAAUGUGUACAGCCAGUUCAACAAUGUUGUAUUGUAAAUAUGGACAGUUUUGUAUAUAUUCAUUCUUUUGGAAAGGGGUACUUCUGUGUGUGUCAUCAUAGUCCCAUUGAAGCUCUGAGAAGGAAAAUUAUACAAAACCAAGAUGAUCCUCUUUUUUUUUAUAGAUGGAAUACAUGGGAAAAAUGGUGGAUUGGUUGUUUUGAGACACUAGUUGGGAAGAAUUUCAUGCUGUUGUACAUGUAUAAAGUUGUAAUCUUAUUUUAACGUUUUAAGAGUUCUUAUCGUUCAUGUACUGUGGCGCACAUUACAGGCACGUGAUGUGUUUACUUGUCUUUUUAAAUGGUUACCAGCAGUGCUGUCAUACCAUGUGUUACACUGAGAAUAUAUUUUCACCUAUCCAAAGUCUACCACUAAAUAUUUGGUGAUUUGCUAGUCAGGAACAUGUACACUGUCUUUAACUGUAAGAUAAAGCAUGAUCACAUGCAUUCACACUUGUACAUCUAGCAGAUUGUUUUCUUAUGAAAUAGAAAAUAAAUGAUGGAUGGAAAAUGUGUAUUUGACUAGUAAA